UCUGCGAGCUUAAGUUAUCAUGUCACAAAGGUAAUCUUUUGUUUGGGUUGGCUCACUUGAUUUUGGAUUAUCUGAGAAACUAAAUGAAGAGUAAUUAUUAACGGCAUGGUCAUUUUCUGACAGCCUAAAGAAAACCGGUUUCUCAGUAGCGCUUUCACCAUCUAAUUGAUUUAUUUUUUAAUACGGUUUUUUUUUUUUAAUCCAAAGAGAUGUGGACUUUCCUGGGAAUAGCCAGCUUCACAUACCUCUACAAAAAGUCCAACACAGUCUUUCAGAAUUUCGCUCACAAAGAGCUUGUGAUGGCCGCAGCCUUAUUUCUCACAGUCGGGCUGCUGCUAUCAUAUGUCAGGUAUUUUAAUUUCCAGAAGCUCAGAGUCUCUCGGGUAUUAUAUUUGCCUCUGAGCCUUUUGUCUUCUGUACCUGUUAUCAACAAUUUAAUCCCCCACACGUCAGCACAGACGAGCGAGAAAGCAGAGACCAGCUGUAAAAAGAGCCGGAGAGCAAGGAGAAGAGCAGACAUGGAGUCCUCUGGCUCACAUAGUGCCUCAGCCAGUGGCCCCUCAGGGGCCCCCGAGCCAGAUGUGGUCAUAGUUGGCGCAGGGGUCCUGGGUUCGGCUAUGGCAGCCGUCCUAGCCCAGGACGGGAGGAGGGUGACGGUGGUGGAGAGGGACCUGAAGGAGCCCGACAGGAUAGUGGGAGAGCUGCUGCAGCCUGGAGGCUUCAGGGCCCUGAAAGAGCUGGGGCUGGAAGGUUCAGUGGAGGGUCUGGAUGCCCAUCUGGUCAACGGCUAUGUGAUCCACGACAUGGAGAGCAACACAGAGGUGGAGAUCCCCUACCCUCAGGAGAAGGACAGCAUCCAUUGUGGACGCGCUUUCCAUCACGGCCGAUUCAUCAUGGGCCUGAGGAGAAGCGCCCUGGCCCAGCCUAAUGUCACAUUCGUAGAAGGCAUCGUGACCCAUUUGCAGGAGGAGGACGGCUGUGUAACUGGAGUCCAGUACAAAGACAAAGAGACUGGAGACAUCAAGGAGAUCCACGCAGCGCUGACUGUUGUGGCCGAUGGCUGUUUCUCCAAAUUCAGAAAGAGUCUUGUCUCUGGGAAAGCUCAAACCUCCUCUCACUUUGUUGGAUGCCUUAUGAAGGACUGUCCCCAGUUUAAAGCCAACCAUGCAGAGCUGGUGCUGGCCAACCCGAGCCCGGUGCUUGUCUACCAGAUCUCCUCCUCCCAAACCAGAGUGCUGGUGGACAUCAGGGGGGAGAUGCCUCGCAACCUCCCAGAGUACAUGGCUGAGAAGAUCUACCCUCAGCUGCCAGAGCAUUUAAAGGAGCCUUUCAUGGUGGCACUACAGAACGAUCGACUCCGGUCCAUGCCUGCCAGCUUCCUCCCUCCCUCCCCUGUCAACAAGCCAGGCGUGCUUCUCCUGGGCGAUGCGUACAACAUGAGGCAUCCUCUGACGGGAGGAGGGAUGAGUGUUGCUCUCAACGACGUCGGCAUCUGGAGGAGUCUGCUUAAGAACAUCCCGGAUCUCUAUGACGACGGGGCUAUGCUGCAGGCAAAGAAAAAAUUCCACUGGGAACGCAAGUCAUCACAUUCUUUCGUGGUGAAUGUGUUGGCCCAGGCCCUGUACGAGCUGUUUUCAGCCACAGACAAUUCUCUUUCUGAGCUGAGAAAAGCCUGCUUCCAGUACUUCAAGCUCGGUGGAGAGUGCAUCGCUGGGCCUAUUGGACUCCUCUCAGUGUUGACACCCAAACCCAUGACCCUUAUCGGACACUUCUUUGCCGUGGCGCUGUACGCAAUCUACUUCAACUUCAAGUGUGAGUCGUGGAGCACCAAACACCGAGCUUUAUUUAAGAGUGGAGCCAUCCUGUACCGAGCCUGCACAGUCAUGUUUCCACUCAUCUACUCUGAACUCAAAUACCUGGUUUACUGAGGAGCUCUCCUUUACGUCUGGACGCAGAAAGACCAAACUCAGUGGAAUGCUUCACAGACAGUUUCAUCCUGGUGAAAAGGACACUCUUGCUGUAUUAAACCCUGAUUUUCCUAUUUAGGAGUUUCUACAAUAUGCCCUUGCCUUUACUGAAUAUGUCAUUGUCUUAAUAUCCUACUUAAUGUUUCAAUUUGGACAUACUUAUUCCACAAUGCCUUGGUGUAGCACGGUUUGUGCUCUCCCUGUAUGUUAAAGGGACAUACAGUGAAUUAGCUCACACCCUGAAUUACACUGACUGUUUAAUAUGUGUGGAUUUAUUCCUGCCCAACAGAACUGCUGUGUGGAACAUGGCAUCUGCAUGUUAUAACGAUUUUGCAAUAGAACCACUUUUCUGCUGAAUAUUUUCACACUGAGCUGAUUUAAUAUGGUAAUCUUCAUGUAAUGUUUAUUGAAAAAAGGCAUCAUUUUGAAUCUGAAGCACUGAUGAUGGGAUGUCAUGAACAGCAAGCUGUCAGAAUUAUCAUCGUAUAUUGGAUUUCAUAGAAUAAUCCAGUCUAUUUUAUCUACUGUAAUGAUCAUUUCUGCCUUGUUGCUCUUUACAUAAUGUAAGGGACUUUUUGAAACUCAUCUUGGUUUCUACAUGCUGACAGUGCAGCUGAUAAAACCAGAAUCCCAGAACUUUAAGAAUGAUCCCUGCACUAUUUUAGUCCUACUGGAUGUCAAUAAAGACCUGACGCAGCAU